AUGGAAUAUGCACUAAUUUAUGAUCAAAAUACAGCUUCUUUAUCUGAAGAGUUAUUUGAAACAAAUAUAUUAUUACGAAUUUAUAAGUAUUCUCGUGUUGAGCAACAAAGUGAGCUUGAAACAUAUUUGUUUGUAUCACUUGUAAAUGCCAACACAAAUAUUUUAGAAUGGUGGAGAAUAAAUGAACUAAGUUAUUCAAACCUUGCAAAAUUUGCUCGAGAUUGCCUUCCGAUUCCAGCUACCAGUGUUCCAAGUGAGCAAAUUUUCAGUAUUAGUGGUAACAUGUUAACUAAUAAGCAAAACCAAUUGUCAGAUAAAAUAGUACGAACUGCAAUGUGUUUAAGUAUGCAGAUUUUAUAUAAAUUUAAAUAA